GUGUGUAAGAGAGAGAGAGAGAGUGAAAAAAAGAACGAAAUUGAGCCACAUAUGGUUUUAAGGCGAUUAAAUGCUUCUGAUAGUCAUUUCAGCUGCACUGCGAAUAUCCCGCUCCUCUGUAAACUCCUGUUUUGCGUCUCGACACAGAAACAUUUCAUAGAAACCGUAUGCGUUUAUCACAGGGAUCCCGUUCCUUUCCAGGAGAACGCUGAGGAUCCGCUGACCGCCGCAUGCAGAGUUUGGGCGCUCUGCAGAGCUCCUGUUAGCUCUCUUGAAGCUGCCGCCGCACCAUGUCGCUAUCCAUCGCGUUGUUUUUACUCUUUCUGUCUCCGUCGAGGAGCUCGAGACUGUGUAGUCACCUUUGCCGGUGCUAUGAACAUUCGGACCUGGUUGACUGCCACGCCAGAGGUCUGGAGGACAUCCCGCGUGGGCUUCCCCACGGCACCUGGCUCCUGGACCUGAGCGGAAACAAACUCAAGGAGAUCCGGAGCCGAGCUUUUGCUGGACUUUGGUCUUUGCGCAUUCUAGUGCUCUCAGACAGCAGCAUCCAGGUUCUUCAAACACAGGCCUUCUUCUCACUGUCCUUCCUGGAGAAGCUAGACAUGAGCCGUAAUAACUUCACUCAGAUCCCUCCUAACUUCUCAGAGAGCCUGUCUUCCCUGCGCGAUCUACGUCUGGACCACAACGCACUGGCGCUAUUGAAAGCUCCAGGUCUUGAGCAUCUGGAGAACCUCGAGAAGCUGGACCUCAGCCACAAUCGCAUCCGAUCUCUCGAGCCAGGUGCGUUCCGUGGCCUGUCCCGCCUGCGCUACCUUUACCUCCAAGGGAACCUCCUGGGUGUCGUGCGAGACGGGUCCCUCACCAUGAUGCCCGUCCUGGAAGUCCUGCUUCUGGGCAACAACAACAUCUCUGGGAUCGAGGUCAAUGCACUAGCGCCGUUGCACAGUCUGUCUCUGUUGGGUUUGGAGAGGAAUCAUCUGGCGCACCUGAACUUCAAGACGUUCCUGAGCUUGCACAUGGCGGCUACGCACCUGCAGUUGGCCGGGAACCCCUGGAACUGUGACUGCGACCUGCACCGUGUCUUCAGCAAGCUGCUCAGCGUGCGGCACCUCCACGUCGACGACUAUCGCAACGUAACUUGUCGGGAGCCUUGGCAGCUCGCCGGAGCUUCUUUGGCUUGGGUGGACAGCCAGCUGUGUGUGGCUGAGACCGUUACUGUGUUAGUCAUCACCGCUACUGUGAUUGUGACCGUGUUUGGUGCCUUGGUCGUGGCGGAGCGAAAACGCAAGAAGCGAAAAUACUGGGAACAGAAUGAGGGGGAAGAGCAAGAGCAGUAAGGCCAUUUUGCAUUCUCCUUAGGUCUGUGAAAACACACAAGAGAGCAAAUCCCCUAAUUCAAGGAAGAAACUGGACUGAUAUAGAAUGAAUUGAGUUGAUGUGGUGAUGGAAACUGAGACUCUUAAGAUGCAACUCGCAAACUUUGAACAAAAGUAUUUGGUAACUUAGAUCCGGUAGAAGGUUUUGUAAUCUAGGAAGCAUUAGUAUUAGAAUCUGUUGUAGAUAACCAAUUAGUUCUGUAGAUGUGUUAUAGAUUAAAAUACUGUACGGCAGCUUCAUCUCUUCGCCACUUGCAAACUAAAAGUUAAACCUUCAACUCUUGCGCUACAACGUUCUGAAAAUGUAGAAUUUUUUUUACAUUGACUAAUACUUUUAUUCAGCAAGGAUGCUUUGAUCAAAAAUUACAGUAAAGACAUUCAACUUUCUUUUCAUCAAACAAUCAUGGAAUAAUUAUACAAUUAUGAAUUACCGUUUUCAACAUCGAUGAUGAUGUUUCUUAAAUCAAAUCAUCAUGUUGAUUUCUGUGAUUAUGUUGAAAAUACAGCUUUGCAUCACAUAAAUUACAUAAAAAAUAUGGA